AUGACAACUUCCGAGAUCAAUGGAGACCUUUUGACCAGUGCAGACGCUUCAAUAACCUACGACGCGAUCGUCGUUGGUUGCGGAGUUAUCGGACCCUGUGUAGCAGUGGGGUUGGCGAGAAAGGGUAAGAAGGUGUUGAUAGUGGAAAGGGAUUGGUCAAUGCCCGACCGAAUUGUCGGUGAAUUGAUGCAACCGGGAGGUGUGAGAGCCUUGAAAAGUCUCGGAAUGGUUCAAUCCAUCAACAACAUCGAAGCGGUGCCCGUAACCGGGUACACCGUGUUCUACAAUGGUGAAAAAGUCGUGAUUCCGUAUCCUUUCAAAGCGGACUCCAAACCAGUUGAGAAAUUGACAGAUUUGGUGCGUCAGGGCAAUGACAAAGUUUUAGAAGAUGCGACAGUACAUGUCAAAGAUUUUGAAGACGAUGAGCGCGAACGUGGUGUUGCGUUCGUGCACGGUCGUUUUUUACAAAAUUUGCGCGACAUGGUCGCUGCUGAGCCUAAGGUCACCAGGUUACAAGGUAAUGUUAUCGAGGUGCUUAAAAACCCCAAAAACGAAGUCGUAGGCGCCAAGGUCGAUAUUGCAGGCCGUGGCAAAGAAGAUUUCCACGCUCAUAUCACUUUCGUGUGUGACGGAAUCUUUUCAAGGUUCCGCAGAGAAUUGUCACCCGACCACGUUCCUGAAGUUGGAUCGUCCUUUGUUGGAAUGUCCUUGUUUCAUGCCAAAAUGCCUUCUCCAAACCAUGGCCACGUCAUCUUGGGUACCAAGCACAUGCCUAUCCUGGUAUAUCAAAUUUCUCCCUCUGAGACUCGGAUCCUAUGUGCUUACAACUCGCGCAAAUUGCCUACAGACAUCAAAUCUUGGCUUGUCAAGGACGUACAACCGUUUGUUCCUAAAUCGCUACGGGCCUCAUUUGACGAAGCUCUCAAGGCGGGCAAAUUCCGGUCUAUGCCCAAUUCGUUCUUGUCCGGUCGUCAAAACGACGUCACGGGUCUAUGUGUGAUCGGAGACGCUCUCAACAUGCGUCACCCUCUCACAGGAGGUGGUAUGACCGUGGGGCUCAACGACGUGGUCCUGCUCAUGAAAAAGAUUGGCGACCUCGAUUUUAGCGACCGUGAGACCGUGCUUGACGAAUUGCUGGAUUACCAUUUCGAACGUAAGAGUUAUGACUCUGUCAUCAACGUGCUUUCCAUUGCACUUUACUCGUUGUUUGCAGCGGACAACGCAGAUUUGCGUGCAUUGCAAAGAGGAUGUUUCCGUUACUUCCAACGUGGCGGUGACUGCGUCAAAUUGCCGGUCCAAUUUUUGUCCGGAGUAUUGCCCCGCCCACUUUUACUCACCAAAGUUUUCUUUGCAGUCGCACUUUACGCGGUUUACGUUAACUUCGAAGACAAGGGAGCCCUCGGUUUCCCCGUUGCGCUACUACAGGGCUUCUCCAUCGUGUUCACCGCGGCAAGAGUGUUCACACCUUAUUUAUACGCCGAGUUGAUUGGUUGA